GCAUUGCCUCAACCGCCUCAGUGUGCAUGUGCGGCAGGUGUACUUCCCUCCGCCCUUAUGGGUGAGGCCGGGGGAGGAGGAGGAAGCGGCUCCGGACACUCAGCUACGAGAGGCCGGGGACGGCGGCCUGGGGGGCAGGCCGCAGCAUAAGGAGUCACCGCGUACAGAACAGGCAGCAAGAUGAUGAGAUUUAUGCUGCUUUUCAGCCGGCAAGGGAAGCUCCGGUUGCAGAAGUGGUAUGUGGCCAUCUCGGAGCGAGAUAAGAAGAAGCUGGUCCGCGAUCUCAUGCAGACCGUGCUGAGCCGGAAACCCAAAAUGUGCAGCUUCCUGGAAUGGAAAGAUUUCAAAGUUGUCUACAAAAGGUAUGCCAGCCUGUAUUUCUGCUGCGCCGUUGAAGAUCAGGAUAAUGAGCUGCUGACCCUGGAACUCAUACACAGAUACGUGGAGCUUCUGGACAAAUAUUUUGGCAGCGUGUGCGAGCUGGACAUCAUAUUUAAUUUUGAGAAGGCUUAUUUCAUCCUGGACGAGUUCCUGAUGGGAGGGGAAAUACAGGACACGUCCAAGAAAAGCGUCUUGAAGGCAAUCGAGCAGUCAGACAUGCUGCAGGAGGAGGAUGAGUCACCGCGCAGCGUUCUGGAGGAAAUGGGACUGGCUUGAAACACCGAGACCCUCACAUUCAUCCCCUCCCCAUUACUGCGACAUUCCCACCCUUCCAAUCGUUUAAACACCUUGACACCCUACCCCCCCCCCCCCUCCCAUCCCUUCUCAGGCACACGUUGACCACUGCCCUUUAGAAGUUUGUAUAGGUAUGUGUGUCGCCGCUUGUCUUAACGUGUGCGUGUUUGUGCCCUCGGCAGUAUGAAAGCAAUGCGAAAAAGGGACCAAUAGCUCAGCCGCGCCUUCCUUCCUUGCGCUCAAGCACACACACUCUCACCUCUCCAUUCCUCCAGACCUGACCUAAUUCCAUGUAUGUAUAUCCAGCUGCACAGAUGAUCACACGCUGGUGAACUUGUUUGAACACUCGGUGACGGGCACUUGUGUUUGGUGCCCUUUUUCCCCCAAUGCUCUGUGACCCCCUGCAGAGCUCAGGAAGGAGUUGUAUUUUUUUUUCUUUUUUUUUUUUUUAAGGGCAGCCCCUUCCCUGUAAAACAACUGACAUGAGGAUCCCCCCCACCUCUGCACGUUCUGGAAUAAACAUAGGUGCUGCUGUA